CGGGCACACGCAGCCACGCGAUAGUCUAAAAGUAGUGAAUUGUCGUUGUGUUCUUGGCCGGUUUGUGCGCCUUUUUUUAAUGUUAAAAAACUAGAUAAAAACGUAGCGAAUUGGUAUUUUUUUAUCUGUUGCAAUCGACAAAUACUAUUUAAUUUACACUGUCAGUGAUUAGUAAUGGUUAAUAAUAUGAAAUUAUCUAUCGGUUCACGAUGUGUCAAAUAUCUCAUGUUUGUCUUCAAUCUGCUCUUUGUUAUAACGGGAAUAAUUUUAUUAUCUAUUGGUGUCGUGUUUCAUGGAGUUUAUCACAAUUAUCAGCAUUUCUUGGAUAAUAAAUUCUUGUCAGUUCCUUCGCUGCUCAUCGCAAUCGGUGCAAUUAUCUUUCUCAUUGCCUUUUUCGGAUGUUGCGGCGCCGUUCGUGAAAAUUACUGCAUGAUUGUUACGUUUACAUCGUUCUUAGUUCUUGUUUUUAUUUUGGAACUCUCAGCUGGCAUAUCUGGAUAUGUAUUGCGAAACAGAGCAUCAACGAUUGUUGAAGAGAAGAUGAUAGAUACAAUGCAACUGUAUAGAAACAACACAGAAAUACAGAUGGUGUGGAAUAAUCUUCAGAGCGAUUUUCAUUGUUGUGGAACAAAUAAUGCGAGCGAAUGGAUGGCCGUUUUGCAAUCUAUCCCUGCUUCGUGCUGCGAUAAUCUCGUGAAAGAAGCAAAUUGUACCCUUACAUCUCCUACUUUACAUCCGAACGGUUGUUAUGGUGGGUUCCUGUCUUUUAUCAAAUCCCACGCCGUGCAGCUAGGUGGUGUUGGUAUUGGUAUUGCAGUAGUUCAGGCAAUAGGUAUUUGGUUUUCAGUCUAUCUGGCACGGUCGAUCAAAAACAGUUAUGAGAGUGUAUGAAGUGUUUCAAGAUCUUCAAAGGCGAUUACUCAUACACAAAAUACCUUUAAUUGAACCAUAAUUAUAAGAAGAAACAUCGUUAUAUUGUUAAUUCCUUAAAAGAUAAAUUUCAUAUACAAAAUAUUUUAUAUAUCCAAAAAAUAUUAAGGAAUCGUGAAUUCAUAAAGUAUAUUAUAUAAAUAUACUGUGCCAACGUAUGCUUCUUUUAAAACAUAAUGUAAAGGACUUAUAAGAAUAUAAUAAAAAAACAAAGAAGACAUACUGUACCCAACAACCUUUCUGUGAAAUAAAAAAUAUUUAAAUUUAUUGUA